UCUUCAUUGAGGAGAACUUGAUCUUGUCUGACACCUUAGCAACAAAAGAGCUUCCAGUGGUUGCGGCGAGGUUCACAGCGAAGCUGCAGUUUUGGCCCUUGAACGCGUCACAAACUUUUUUUUUUUUUUGGAGACUUGAGCUCUAUAUUUAUUUAUUUUUUUUAUUGAUUUAAAACACCAACCCAAACUUUCUGGAUUGGAGCUCCAGUGAGCGGGCGUGGAGUCGGGGUGAGUCCGGAGAUGCUGUCCGCUUUCCCGCUGACGCUAUGUUGCAUCAGCCUGCUGUGCCUCCAGCAGCUGCUCGCGCUGCCAGUUGCCCAACUCGCCAGCGGAAGCAGGCUGAACAUUCUCAACAAGCUCUUUGACCAGGACGAUGGCACUGAGACACAAUCUGGAAGCCAGACUGACGUCGCUGUUCCCACCUCAGCUGCUGCUCUUGACAGGCCUGGACGUCUCCAGCACGGCUUCUCUCCUCGCCUGUCGUGGGCCCGACCCACGACUGAGGAUUCAGCGACGGAGCGCAGAGCACCUCGAGCUCGACGUCAUGCCCACUCGGGAUCUCGAGGGGGGCACCACCACCCCCAUCCCCCCCAGUUAAUGAGAGUGGGAUGUGUCCUGGGUACCUGUCAAGUCCAGAACCUCAGUCACAGACUGUAUCAGUUGAUUGGCCAGAGUGGCAGAGAAGAAUCGUCCCCCAUCAACCCUCGGAGUCCUCAUAGUUAUGGAUGAGUCAGCAGAAGUUUGCCACCACCCCAGCGAGUCUGUGUUUUUUCUCCAUCCUCAUGUAUUUAUCUCUUGAUGUAUUUGUCUUACUAUGUAGGGUUUCGCGCCUGUUUUAUAUGUCCAUCUCAAUGUGACCGUCAGAUUCCAAGAAGAGAACUCUCUGAGAAGCUCGCAGAAAAAUGAGAAACGGCGAACGAUAGCUGUCUCGUGUGAAGUCGAGCCAAGCCGCGUUAAUAUGCCUUCAUAAUCCUGUAAAUGUAGGAAUGACUGCCUGUCCUGGACACCUCAGACCUGGGCCCGUCUGCCAACUCACCACUUUCAGGGGGGUGAUUCCAUCGCCCAUUGAUCAAAUCCUUAAGCCCAUGAUGUAGAUUCUCAACUUGCACUCGAUGCCCGAGUCCAGUCAAAUAUUUUUCAAGUCCUGAAUCACUUCACAUUCCAGUCGAGAACUUGUCUCUAAGCAUUAUUUACUCAUGUUGGUCAGAGAGUGUUACACGUUUCUUGUCUCAGAAUGACAGUUUACAUUAGAGUUUCUAUGAAGAGAUUCAGCUACUGCGCGGUAAAAACAGGGUAGCGUCCAAGUGCCUGGAGGAUAACUUUCAGUGACGUAUCAAAGGCAAAGUAGGUUUACUCAAUAGGUGGCAAAGUGAACCCACAGCUACUUGUAUUUUCCUUUGACAGAGGGCGAGUAUGAAUUAUUAGCCUUUCCACGUGAUUCAUAAGUUCUCCUGGCGAGUCAGGACAUGGGUGACAGCAGGUUCUAUUUAUUCCAAGCUAAUCACUUCAGUCAAAUGUGCCGCCGCAGUCGGGGAGCGGGGGCCCCCGAAGGUCCAGCAGUCGUCAAACUCAACACGGCAACAUAAAUAUUACCAGCACAUUUGCACAUUAGUCUGCGGCUGUUUUAAAAACAAACCCCAGGACAAACACAAGUGUUACACAACAAUCCUUUGUAUCCAGAUGAUUUUGUUUGUUUUCAAAAUGAAUUAUAGAAUGUUUCGGAGAUUUGUGGACCUAUUUUCUGGGCUACGUCCUGCCUGUGUUGAAAGGGUUAAAUGCGGCCACGACUGUUACAGACACCACAGACACCAAAAUUUUAGCCUGUGUUCCAAAACUGCACACAAAAAAACACCCUGAAAUUUGCCUGCCGACGAUUCCUUGUCUCGAGAAUGGUGGGCGGGAUUCUGAACCGAAAAUAGCUGUGGGAUAAACACGCUAACAAACACGACACCUGUCAUUAUAAUCAUAUUUUUGCCCUUCACUCUUGAGAACUCACCAAAACAAACCUGGCAAUACUUGACUCGUUUGUGAUUUCAAUUUGUCUUUUCCCUGUUUCAGCUGUGUUCUAACUUAAGUAUUUAUCUUUGCUCGUAAUCCCCUGAGGCCUAGAGGUCUUGCCGUGAUAUUGGUCAUCUUUGGUACGUUAGUCUAAUCUGUUCAAAGGCUUGCUGAGGUGAAACAUGCCUCUCUCUCUCUGCUGUAACUGAGCUAAUCAGCUGUCUCGUGACGGAUCAUUAAAAAAGCUUUUCAAACGCUAAAAAAAGAAACCUGGUGCAUUUCUACUUUUUAAACCAUUCCACCAAAACACUGUGACGGUGGUGAAGAAAUCCUAUCUGGGCUCUUAUCAGGUCUAUUGUGCUCCCAGGCUUCUGUUGAGGCUGCGUGACGUCGGACGUUUCGUCAUGUGAAAGCAAAUACUUCAAUACUUCCCGUUCUUCUUGAGAAACGAAAUGACUGGGAUUUGCGAAGACUAUUUUAAGAUACAUCAUUCAGGUUUUUGUUAUUGUCGCUUUGUAAGGGUCCCACACUUUUGGGGGUCACAGGAAAGCACUUUACUCCCCAAAUGUGUGUCUGAACGUCUCUCACGACUUGGUUUUGCCUCCUGCAAUGAAUCUGGGACCAUGUUGUAAAUGUUAUGGGAUUGAAUGUAUGAGGACGCACUCCAUUUGAAUCACUGUGAAUAGGACGUGCACCUGUGAAUACGUUGAUUUUUAGAGCAACUAUUUAAAAUAUGUAUUUAAGUUAUCGUUGUACAUUUAUGUAUGUCAUCACCAAAGACUAUUUAUCUUCUCACAGUGGGUAGAGGAGGCGUCGUGUAGAGUCAUGUUACUGUUUAAUAAUGUUAUUGUAAAAUAAAGCUCCUACUGU